AUGGCCACCGCCCAAGACCGCUCCGCCUACUUCGUCGACCAGCCGGAACAUGGCAAUCUCGAAGCCGUGCGCGCCGUGGCAAGUGACUACAUGAUCAACACUGGGAUGAACAACGACGAGCUGAACGCCGAAGAACUGGGGCGCCGCCAUGCCCUUCGUCGCGUGCCAUCGGUGUACGCCAACCCGGCUCUCAACGAGCGCAAGCAGCCGGAAGUGAUCUUCGUGCGUUCCGGCGAGGGGAACGCAAUCUCCGGACACCGCAUCCGCCAGCUUGCCGGCCGCCUCGACGACCAGGUCUACAAGCCGAUGCUCGUCAACGGCGAGAUCUUCUUCGUGCGCCAGGGCGACGAGGCCGACUUGCGCACCGCCCGCGUUGAAGGCGACAACGAUCAACCCGAGACCGGGGUCUCGACCUGCGCCAUCACGUCCAACAUCUGGGACAACACGGGCCGCAGCGCCUCCGCCACCCGCGCUGCAUCGGCUACCCGCGCCACGUCGAACACGCGCAACGAGAAUGGGCCCCUGGUGCCGUUCGAGGUCCUGGAGCGUGUGCUCGAGCCGUUCGUGUUGCGCACCGUCGCCCGGGCCAUCUUCAACCAAGUCACCGCUGGCAAUCUACAUCUCGAUGAGCGCGACGCCUGCAUCAUCGCCAGGGCCGCUGGUGGCAGCGUCUCCGACGGCUACGACAGCGAGGGGCUCAUCACCCCGAGAUCCCAGCUCUCUAACGCGUCGGUGAUCAGCGCGUUCGGCGGCGCGACGACGGCCCGUUCGGUGGCCAAGUCUCCCGCCCCUCGCACAGCCAUCAGUGCCCGCAGCGCCAUCAGCGCCACUGGCAUCCACACGGCUUUCGCCGGCCCCGCCUCUUCCUCCGUGCACACGGGCGUCAACUCGUGGCGCUCGUCUGACGACCUCGGCACCUGCCGCUCGUGGGCCACCAACGCGCGCACCGAGCGCUCCUCCGAUCUGCUGGGCACCUGCCAGAGCUUCAGCGGCUACACCCAGAACGCGAACGAUGCGCGCUCGUCGGACGCCCUCGGCACGUGCAACGUCAUCAGCAACACUGGGCUGAUCGGCUCGACGUCGUCGGAUGGCCUGCACAACGGCCGCCAGUCUAGCGGUCAAGCUCUCUGGGGACGCGGCAGCCGCACCAACUUGGCCCGGUCCGACACUGACGUGCGCACGGCUCGCUCGGCCGCCCGCUCGACCUCCAACUUGCGCACGGCGCGCUCCGCCGCCCGCUCGGCCUCGCGUUCGGCUUCGAACGUCAGCACAUGCGCUGCCCCGGUCAGCAGCCGCAUCUCCACCGGCCGCAUUGCCAGCCAGCAGUCGUUGGUGGGCACGGCGAUCCCGGACCUCGGCGAGGCCACCGCCACCACGGCCCGCAGCCACAGCCAAGUGCGCACCGGACGUGCCUCGAGCCAGCACUCGUUCGUCAACACCGCCCUCCAGGGCUCGAACAGUCAGAGCGCGUUCACCGCCCGCUCGAACAGCCAGAUCACGGCCCGGCCUCUCACCCACCACACCUCGACGUGGACCGGCCGUUCGCCCAGCCAGAACAGCCUCCUCAACCACUCGCUGAGCACUGGCCGCUCGGUCAGCCACACCCGUCUGGCCACUGGCCGCUCGAACAGCCAGGAGAACGUCAGGACCGCCACCGAGGGUUCCGUCCGCACUGGCCGCACUGACCGUUCCUCCAUCACGGCCCGCUCCCGCAGCCCGUACGGCGGCCAGAACGAAGACAACAACACCCUGAUCUGCUCGACGGCCCCCGUCUACUCCCGCCCCGACCUGCUCGAGGAGAUCGCCGUCCCCAACGGCACCGAGACGUCCGAUCCCCGCGCCGCCGCCGCCGUGCCCAGCGAUGUGCACGCGGCCGAGCAC